AUGAAAAUUUGUAAGAAUAUAUUAUUUUUAAAUUUAAAAAAUUUAUCUAUAAUAAAAGGAAAAAAAAGAAAAGAAAAAAUUACAUGUCAAUUUCCCAAAUAUAUUGGAAUAGAUAAUAAUAAAAGGUGUAUUAUAAAUUUAAUGUUGUAUAAAAUAUUUAAAGGAUAUAUUUUGUUACUUCUAUGUGUUAUUAUAAUAUUGAAAAAUGAAUACAUAUAUGAAGAUUCUUAUAUCAAAUUACUGUCACAGUAUAAUCAUAUUUUUACGAGAAUAUUGUCUGAAAUAAACUUGAAGGGUGAACAUAAUGGUAAACGUAAAAAUUCAAAUAUAAAUACGGGUAUGAACAGGUCACAUAUAAAAACCAAAAAUAUGGAUAACACAAAUAUAAAAAGUAGUGAUAUGAAUAAUAUAAAUGCAAAUGCUACAAGUAGCAAUAAUAUAAUGUUAAAUAAUUUCCCCAAAUUUAAUGAAAUAGAAAAUAAUAAUAAAAAUGAUAUACAUAACAAUAUAUUUUAUUCCUUUUAUAAUAAUAAAAAUGAUAAUAAUGAAAUUAACGAUGGAAAUAAUAUUUUAUCUUUUAAUGAUUAUAUAUGGAAGAAACAUGUUCAAAUGAAUAAGACGAAUUUGAACUCUGAUUUGGAUAUAAUAACUAAAAAGUUGGAGUCUUUUACUUUAAAUGACUAUAAACAAUUUGGAAAUACUACAAUUAAUUAUGAUUAUUGCUAUGAUAAUAGAUUUUCUACAUCCUCUAAAGGAGAUAAAUCUAAUAAUAUGAAUUAUGAAAGGAAUGAUCAUUUUGUAGAACAUCAAAAUGUAGGUGUAGAUGAAAUGACAUGUGGUACUACUAAAGGCACAGAUGAUUUAAGACAUCAUAAUUCUAAUACUACGGAUUAUAGUGGUUAUAAUACUGAUGAAUUGGAUGAAGAGACUGGUGAUGAAAACUGUGAAGCAUACAAAAAAAUUGAAAAAUAUAAAAGGUAUAAUAGGUAUAAAAGAAAUAAAGAACGUAAAAGGACUAGUGAGAAUACAACGAAUAAUAAGAAUAUAAGUCAUCGUAACGAUAGAAUGGGUAAUGAAAAGAUAAGCCAUCGUAACGAUAGAAUGGGUAAUAAAAAUAUAAGCCAUCGUAACGAUAGAAUGGGUAAUAAAAAUAUAAGUCAUGGUAACGAUAGAAUGGGUAAUAAAAAUAUAAGUCAUGGUAACGAUAGAAUGGGUAAUGAAAACAUAAGUCAUUGUAACAACAGAAGUAAUAUUAAGAAUGGAUUGAAUGAUGAAGAUAGACAAAAUAAAGAACAUAAAAUAAAUAAUGUACAAAAAAGAAAUGGUUUUUUUAAAGAACAUAUGGCAUAUGAAAGUGAUGAUCUCUUUAAAAAAAAUGGACAUCCUUUUAAUGAGAAUUCACAAAAGUGCUACCGUUGUAGGAAGGAGAAAAACCAUGUAAGAAAACAUAAUGAGGAAACAAACAUAAAAUUAAAAACUGAACAUAAAACGUAUAAAGAAAGUAGCUAUAGUAGUAUUACAAACAGUGAUAGCAAUGAUAGUACUAAUAGUAGUAUCAGUGAAUUAUACAGUUAUAGGAAUAGGAAAAUUAAAAAUAUAAAUGAAGAUAAAUCAUUUUCUGAAGAACAAACCACAAUGAAUAAAUAUUUUAAACAUAAUAAACAGAAAGAUCUAGGUAGUUCAUAUCAUUCACAAUCUUUAAAUGGUUAUGAUGAUUAUCAAGAUGAAAAGAUAUUUGAGAAGAUUCCCAAAAAAAAAAAUCAAAAUAGAAAUAAUAUUUCAUCGAAAAAAAUGAAUACAGAAAUAAAAGUAGAAGAAGUAAAAUAUAAUGAAAUAGUAUUUGAAGAAUUUGAAGACGAGGUACUAGAAGAUAAUUUAAUGAAUCUGAAACAAUAUGAAUAUCAUAGAACUUUAUCAGAAGAAAAAUUUUAUAAAAUGAUUGAUACUCUAGGGGAUGUUUUAUGUAAUAAAGAUAUGCUCUAUAUAUUUAAUUUUAUAAAUUCUUUCGAAAGAAAAAAAUAUUUAAUUAUGCAAGAGGAUUUUAAUAUCUAUUGUGAAUGGUAUUCAUCUGUAAAUAAAAUACCAGUAAAUGUUAAACAAAAAUAUAUGAUUAAAAUUGCGUUCUAUCAAACCAAAGAUUAUAUAGAUUUAGAAAGUAUUUUUUAUUAUAAUUUUUAUUCUUUCAUUAAUAGAACUUAUGUAAUACAUAAACAAGAUUUUAUAUUAAAAUUGAAUGAAAUAAAAACCAUUUGGAAGAAUUAUAGGUUGGAAAAAAUGGAAUACUGGAAAAAAUAUCUAAGUUCAAAAUUUAAAAAGUAUAAAAGAAAUGAAUAUAUUCGUAGGACCUAUUUAAAAUAUUCUGAUUUAUUCUUUCCAUAA